AUGGCCACUGUCGUCGUUCAACAACAGCCUUCGGUUCGACAAUCUCCUCCGCCGCCCCUCGGUCCAACCGUCACGUUGAAUCAACCCCGGUCGUCGACGCCUAUUCCCAACAAACAUUUACCGUAUUGUCCACCUGGAUCAGUUCCGUCCUCGUGUCAAAUCACCCCCCCCAACUCACCUCCCUUGAGAACCGUUGCACCUAAACCGACCUCACUCCUCUACCCUCCACAUAACUACCCGAAGUUAUGUAAUUCUCCUCCCAUAUACGGCAUCAGUGCAAAGAGCCUCGCCGAAGCUCUGGAGCAUUACUCCUCCCAACCUCUUCCAAAUCCUUCUUCGGUCUUCCCUUGGCUUCAUGGCCUCCAUCCCGAAAACCAUAUUCAACUGGCUUUCUUUGUGGCAAGGAAGAAGUCGUUGCGAAAGAUUCCAAAAUGCUUGCGAGGUAUAACGAUCAUAAAAGCCGACGGGGAUCUCAGUCGGUCUCGACUAAAAGGUGCCAUUGCGCCCGAUGAGAUACUCAAUCUUUCAGAGAGUAACGGUCGAGGUUUCCUGGAGUGCGAUCCUAGGGAAGGGUUCUCUGUCCGCAACUUCCAUAUUCAAGCGGCUAAAAUGGCCCUAGUAUCCGACAUCGUCAUCUAUGGUGAUGAAGACACUAAUCAUCGGAUCAUAAAGUCCGUCGCAGAGAGGACGGCUUCUGUCCAAAGGAAAUGGCGAAAGGAGUUGGAGAAUAUGGGGCAAUGCCCAGAAACGUUCAACACAUUCGUCCUGACACAUGCCUUCGAAGAGUUCGAACAAGAAUAUCCGGAAUGGGUCGCAGUCAACUCCCACGGCAAAUAUACCGACCACACUCUCGACUUUCUCCAGCAAGAAAGGAGAGAGAUGUGCUCCAUGUCCAAAGCUUCGGAAAUAUCUCUAGGCGUAUUUCAAGGCCCGUCCCCUGGCCCGUACACAGACCCACCAUCAUCGAGUGAUGAUCCCAGUUUCGACCUAUACGUCGAGGCCAGUGACCAUGCGUCGGUUCCGGACGAUAGACUGCUGGCAGCGAAACUGAAGCAGUUGGAAAAUCGAGAAGACGAUGAACCCGUCCAUCUCGCCUUUCCCAGUUCCGGAAGCAUAUUGUCGCCUUCUUGGUCUCAAGCCGAAGUUGACGGUAUACUACGCAUGUGUCGGUGGCUCUAUGACUUGACCCACAGCGUCAAACCGCCCAGCGGCGCCAAAGAUGACGACGGCGACAUUCAGAUGACUGAGUUUAUGCCUCGGCCUCGUCGGGUCCUCUUACAUUGUGCGGAUGGCUACACCGAGACAUCGAUGUUGGCCGUCGCGUAUUUCAUGUAUGCUGAAGGUGUUCCGGUUCAUGAGACAUGGAUUCGGUUACAUUGCGAAAAACAGCGAAACUUCUUUGCCUAUCCUUCAGACGUGGCUUUGCUGAACUCGAUUCAGGACCGGAUCCUGCGGGAAAGUCCAAAGUUUGCUGGAGCCCAGGUGCCCCCCAUGGCAGCACCACCCUGGUUGGCCAAACUCGAUGGUAGUCUUCCUAGCAGGAUACUACCGUACAUGUACCUUGGGAAUCUCACUCAUGCAAAUAAUCCGGAAAUGCUUCGAUUGUUGGGCAUUCGGCGCAUUCUUAGUGUCGGUGAACCUGUUUCAUGGUCCGAGGCAGAACUGCAGGCCUGGGGCAGGGAAAAUCUACUCAUGGUCGAUCGGGUCCAAGAUAACGGGAUUGAUGAACUUACACUGGAAAUGGAUCGAUGUUUGGAGUUUAUUGGAAGGGGCAAGUCUGAUGGCACAGCGACAUUGGUACAUUGUCGUGUCGGAGUUAGUAGAUCUGCUACGAUUUGCAUUGCCGAAGUCAUGGCCAGUAAAGGGUUGAGUUUUCCUCGUGCAUAUUGCUUCGUCCGUGCUCGUCGACUCAAUGUCAUCAUCCAGCCACAUCUGAGAUUUGUGUAUGAAUUGAUGAAGUGGGAUGAGCAACAGCAAGAAAAGAGAGGAGAAGUAGUGAAAAGGGAGCUCGAGUGGGCCACUGUUGCCAGGGAAAUCGCCGCGAUGAAUAGGCCUUAUGCUCGAACUUGA